AUGCAUUUGCCAUUUGGUUCUGACAGUAAUCAUGUAUCUGGUUUGUGGGUAUAUGGAGAAUUUCUCAGUGUAUGUAGUAUGAAUGAUACUAAUGAUACCAUUGAAAUAUGGGUGAUGAAAGAAUACAAAGUGAACUCCUCUUGGAUUAGGACUCUUGUUCUUCCGGUUGAUCUCAUUAAUUCCCCUAACCAGGACCUUAUUCCAUUGUGUUGUACAAAAAGUGGUGAUAUUAUUGGGAUAGAUGAAAACAAUGGAUUAGUGAAGUACGAUAAAAAUGGACAAUUUCUAGAGCGACGAUCUUAUUUUGAUUAUGAUCUUAGAUCUAAAGCAACUAUGUAUAUAGAAGCAACUAUGCAUAUAGAUUCUCUGCUUUCACUCCCUGGUGAUGGUGACAACGAGCAAAAGAAGAAUGAGGUUUGA